UGUAGUGCUGUUCGCUGUCAGACGGUCGGAGAGUUUGUGUGUGUUGUCGUCACUCCAGCGAACGGGAAUAUAAUAAAUAUAUUCCAAGAUGGCAGCAACACUGUCAGCAGACCAGGAACAGGCCACCCGUGACUUCCUGGAGGUGGUCAACAAAUUGCGUCGCCGGCGACACGCAGGCCCCGUGUCGUGGGCUGCCGCCGUCAAGUUUCUGACCGCCAGAAAGUUCGACGUGGGUCGCGCGGUGACCCUGUACGAGGCCCACGAGGCCACCAGGCAUCGAGAGGGCCUCUCUCAGUUCAACCCGCUUCAGGAGCCCCUUAGCACUGAGCUUAGAACCGGCAAGUUUACCGUCUUGCCGGCACGAGAUGAAUCUGGAGCAGCAAUUGCUAUUUUCACAGCUAGUCUGCACGACCCGAACACAACCUCGCACCAAUGCACAUUGCAGGGGGUCGUUUAUCAACUGGACGUGGCCCUCGAGAGCGCCGAGACGCAGCGGUGCGGCCUGGUUUUCAUCUACGACAUGACUGGCUCCAAAUACUCUCACUUUGACUACGAACUCAGCCAGAAAAUCCUCACCCUUCUCAAAGGAGGUUAUCCGGCCCGCCUCAAGAAAGUCCUCAUCGUGACUGCGCCCCUUUGGUUCAAAGCGCCCUUCAAGAUCCUUCGAUUGUUCGUCAGAGAAAAGCUUCGCGACAGGGUCUACACGGUCAGCGUACCGCAGCUGACCGCGCACAUUCCCCGGCACGCACUGCCGCGCUCCCUGGGCGGCUCCUUGGCUGUGGACCAUGCGGCGUGGCUGCGGCACUGCUUCAAGUCCAUGACCAACCGGCACGACAAUGACCUGGCCCCUGCCACACAAGCGACUCUAGACUUGGCAAAUAAUCUGGGUGAGCGAAUGGGCAGCCCUGCUGGCGGGGCGGUGUCUGAGCUCGACCAGCAGCAUACCGUGCCCUCGAUGACGGUGAAGAACGGACAGGUGGACAACGAGGACGACGUCGUGCUGGACGAAAUUACGCCACGCGACCUGCACAACGGAAACGACUCGUGUUGGAACGGCAGCAGCGCCGAGGCGCCGUCCUCGCCGGCACCUCACGCCUCCUCGUCGGCCAGCAGCGGCUUUUCUGACGACGACAGCCUGCACGGCGGUGCAGACGACUCGCGUGGACAAGACCUCGAGCAGUUUGUCCAGAUGGUGCAGAGUAAAGGACGCACUGGUCUGAGGCUGGAGUACGCAGAAAUUAGAAGCAAGCCGCCUGACGGAACCUUCAACAACGCCAAACAGCGGAACAACCUGUCCAAGAAUAGAUACACCGAUGUGCUGUGCUUUGAUCACUCCAGAGUCGUGCUCACCCCGUCAGAUCCCAAUGACGCCACUUCUGACUAUAUAAAUGCCAAUUUCGUGGAUGGCUACAAACAAAAAAAUGCGUUCAUCUCGACGCAAGGUCCGUUGCCAAAGACAUUUGAAGACUUCUGGCGUAUGGUGUGGGAGCAGCACGUGCUAGUCGUCGUGAUGACAACUCGGGUGAUCGAGCGCGGCAGGACCAAGUGCGGCCAGUACUGGCCUGCCGAGCAGGGUGGGAAAGACACGCACGGCGAAUAUGAGGUCGUCACAGAGUCCGUCGAACAACUCGGCGACUACACCCGCUCUAAAAUCGUGAUCACCAACCUCAAGACGGAGGAGAGCAGAGUAUUGUGCCACUUUCAGUUCCUCGCAUGGCCCGACUACGGCGUCCCGGACACAGCAACCGCCAUGCUCAGUUUUCUCAACACGGUCAGAAACGAACAAAGCAAAAUGGUGGCCGACCUGGGUGACACCUGGGCCGGGCACUCUAGAGGCCCUCCAAUUAUUGUGCACUGCAGCGCAGGAAUCGGCAGAACAGGAACGUUUUGCACGUUGGACAUCUGCAUAAGUCGGCUGGAAGACGCGGGGUCUGUGGACGUGCGCGGCACCGUGGAGAAAAUCCGCUCGCAGCGCGGCUACAGCAUCCAGAUGCCAGACCAGUACGUGUUUUGCCACCUGGCGCUACUCGAGCACGCUAUCAGCAAGAAUCUGAUUAGCGGCAUCGACCUGAGUGAAUUCCAUGACCCGCCCAGCUCGGACUCUGACUAACAAGCCUUGUGCCAAGUGCGAAAAGUCAUUGCGGCCGACCACAUUUACACAAACAAACACUUUUGCUCCUUAUCCUGUAAUAAUUUAUUCGACAUUUUAGCUGAAAGAGCGGAUGUAAACAGUGAAAACUCGCGAGUGAUAUUUACGGAUAUAAAGCCAACCUAGGUUAAUGCAAAAACACUAUGAUGGAACAGUUACUCGUAAGGAAAAUAAUAUGAAACUGUACAAUACUUGUAGUUUCAUCGGUCUUUUUGUACAAAUGGUUUUUUAAUUGUCGCGCUCCGAGAAAUAAGUGCAAUAUAUAACGUGAGAUUCCUGGUAAACACAAUCGAGUUCAGUUUGAAACUUAAGGGAGUAACAUCUUCAAUAUAAUACAGUAUCAUCAGUUACUCGUAAGAGUGGCGUGAAAACUAUUUAGCAUCCGUGCACGAGUUCAAUGAAAACGCUGAGAAGAGCCGCCACUCCUAUGCUUUCCCCGUCGUGUAAAAAAGCUGUUUAUUUUGGUAUCUGUAAAACGAGGAAGAAAGAAAGAAAG